CGCCCAGGCUGCCCCGGGGCCGCCCCGCGCACGCCCGAGGUCGCCGCGCCGCCGGGCCGCAGCGCGAGCGGGACGAUGUUGCGGAGCGGCUGCCGGCGGCUGGGAGGCUGGCUCCACGGCGCGGCGCGGGCCCGGGCGCGGGGCGGCCGCCGGGGCUGGGCCUCCUGCAUCGACCCUUCCGUGGGACUGAAUGAAGACCAGAAAGAAUUUCAGAAAGUGGCCUUUGACUUUGCUGCCCGGGAGAUGGCUCCAAAUAUGGCAGAGUGGGACCAGAAGGAGUUGUUCCCAGUGGACGCAAUGCGGAAAGCUGCUCAGCUAGGCUUCGGGGGAGUCUAUGUACGAACAGAUGUAGGUGGGUCUGGCCUGUCACGGCUUGAUACAUCUGUUAUCUUUGAGGCCUUGGCGACAGGCUGCACCAGCACCACGGCCUAUAUUAGCAUCCACAACAUGUGUGUCUGGAUGAUAGAUACCUUUGGAAAUGAGGAACAGAGGCACAGGUUUUGCCCACCGCUCUGUACCAUGGAGAAGUUUGCCUCCUACUGCCUCACUGAACCAGGAAGUGGCAGUGAUGCUGCCUCCCUUUUGACCUCAGCAAAACGACAAGGAGAUCAUUACAUCCUCAAUGGCUCCAAGGCCUUCAUCAGCGGUGGGGGUGAAUCAGACAUCUAUGUGGUCAUGUGCCGAACAGGAGGACCAGGCCCAAAAGGCAUCUCCUGUGUAGUUGUGGAGAAGGGGACCCCUGGCCUCAGCUUCGGCAAGAAGGAAAAAAAGGUGGGGUGGAACUCACAGCCAACCCGCGCGGUGAUCUUUGAAGACUGUGCAGUGCCUGUGGCCAACAGAAUUGGAAACGAGGGACAGGGCUUCAUCAUUGCCAUGAAAGGACUGAAUGGAGGAAGGAUCAAUGUUGCUUCCUGCUCGUUAGGAGCUGCUCAUGCUUCAGUCGUCCUCACGCGAGACUACCUCAGUGUUCGGAAGCAGUUUGGAGAGCCUCUGGCCAAUAACCAGUACCUGCAAUUCAAACUGGCUGAUAUGGCAACAAGGCUGGUGGCCUCCCGGCUGAUAAUCCGCAAUGCAGCAGUGGCCCUGCAGGAGGAGCGAGAAGAUUCAGUGGCCCUGUGCUCCAUGGCCAAGCUCUUCGCUACAGAUGAAUGCUUUGCUAUCUGCAACCAGGCUUUACAGAUGCAUGGAGGCUAUGGCUACCUGAAGGACUAUGCUGUUCAGCAGUAUGUGCGGGACUCCAGAGUCCAUCAAAUACUAGAAGGCAGCAACGAAGUGAUGAGGAUGCUGAUCUCUCGAAGCCUGUUUGAGGAGUAGCACCCAGACUUGAUGUUUGGACAUGAUGGUUAAUGUACAACUUGAAUCAGUAUUGAGAGCUUUCAUGUGGACUGUUGUGUUGGAUAUGAAUCAUGGAUUAGAUUGAAGGGCUGAGCUCUUCCAGGUGGAUCCUAUGGUGUGUGUUGGGAGCAGCAUCAGCUCUAGGACCGGGACAGAGUCCUCAGCAGAACUGGAGGAAUUGUCCUAAUUGGGAAUGUCACAAGAAGAUGUACUACCUUGUAUUCUGAUGCAAAAAGAUGACCAGUGAAGAUUCACCACCAAAUCAAAGUCCUUUCUUGGAUCCACAUCAUCUUGAUUUGUCUGCAUUUUGCUGUUUCACUAAAUCUCUCUUCCAGGGAUCUGGAUGCUUCCAUUAAGGGUUUUUUCUGAUGAUAAAGCAAAGGUGUAAGAAAGGAGAAAUGGAGAAAAAAUGUCCUCCUGUUUUUUCCUGUGCCCUGAACCUCAGCUAAAGGUGCAGAAGGUUUCUGUGGGUUGCAUUUCCUUUGUAGUACUCCUGUGAAUGUAAAUCAUGUUAAAAUGAGUAUUUGGGAAACGUUACUCCAGGUGUGAUUUAGGGUAUAUCUGCACUUGUAUACUUCCUAAAUAUCAAGGACUGAAAUAAUAUGGGACUCUGA